AUGUUUGGCGAGCUCGCUGUGGGGGGACGCGGCCAACUGGAGCUGGAGGACACAGACAGGAGCCGCGCUUUCCUGAAGGGCACUCGGCGCGCCUCCGUGGGACCCCCGUCCUCUCCUGUCGCGGCCCCCCACGAUGCGUGCGCGAGUAGCUCAUCCCUGAGUUCGCCGUCGUCUUCUCCCUCGCUCAAACCCGCUUGCUUGGAGGAGGGGACUCUGGCGGCAGCUCCCGCAGGCCUCGAGCUUGGAGAAACGACGCCUGCUCCGUCCCCGCCGUCCGCCGAGGCCCCAGGCGUGGGCUCCGCGGGCCGCGCGCGGAGCUGCCGCAGCGGCGGGCGAACCUCUCGCGUAAAGAAGGGAGGGUCGCGCGGGUCAGGCGCUUCCGGUUUAUCACCUGCGCCUUCGGCCGCGUUCGUCUCCCCCAACGGCCUCUCCGUGGACGAUGGCGCGUCGCCAGAGACGCUUCCUCCUGAGGCGUUCCCACCCCGGUCGGUGUCCCCGUCCUCGGUCUCGCUCCCUGUUCCCCCCCCGCGCCCACCUAACGGCGCCGCUGCGACCGCGGGCGCAGGGCCCCACGGGGACGCCGCAGGUUCUCCUGGCUCGACGCCGCAGGCCAGCGCUCAGGGCGCGGCGGCAGGCCCGCUGGACGGGCCUGUGGAGGCGGCAGGCUUCGCGGCCUUCGCCGCCUUUGUCUCGCCGACGCAGCAGGAGCUGCGUUCCCCCGGAAGAAGUCUUCAAAUCUCUGUGAAGGAACAGGAUUCAACUCUUGGCGCGCAGGCGGCGGCGUCUGAUUCACAUCGUCCCUUCUCGUCUUCGCCCUCGGAUAUGCGAGCACCGCGGUGGAGCGAGGAGGCUUGCGGCGUCGCUGAGACUGGACCCGCCCCAGGGAACGCAGAAGGAAGCGAGGGAGCGCAGCCGGCGAAUGCGACGGGGACGGGGCUGCAGGCCGCGGUGGGAAGCGAGGAGGUCUGUUCGCUCUUUUCGACAUUCGGCACGCCGCCGCGCGCACGAGAGAGAGAGGAGGAAGGGAUGCCGCCAGAGACCGUCUCGCAGCGAGCCGCUGCGGACGUCGCGCCUCAGCGGUUGGAGGCGCUGCCGGGCGACGCGAGGUCUCCGCUAUCCUCUUUUCCGACCUUUUCUCUAGGGCAGCAGACGCCCCCGGCGAGGACGCGAGGCGCUCGGGAGCUCGCACUGUUGAAGCAGAAAGAGGAGACAUCGCUCUCGCCAGUGGGCUCGGCGUCUUCCAGCAAUCCAAAGAAACCCAGCGACGGCGUGCAGUGGCGGGACUCGGCGCUCAUCUCAGACCGCCACCUGAUCGCGGCCACGCCGUCUCCAGCAGGCUCCAUGCGCUCGCUCGCGUCUUCUCCGCUCUCGCCGCCCUUGGCUGCAGCAGACGUCAGGGAUGAGAAGCGCGACACUCCGCUCCUUGCUUGCUCGCCGGCGUCCCCUUUGGCGGCGCAUCCCGCGCAGGGGGCCGCGCGGAAGCCUGCAGGUAUCGCCUCCACUUCGGAGGCGCCUGCCGGCUUGUCUCAAGCCCCGUCGGCGGCCGCGGUCGCGGCGACGGUUCCCGCUUCGCCGAUCAAGCGAGAGGAGCCCGCUGCGCAGCAGCCGGCUGUUGCGGGGCUGCGGCGAUCUCUGCGCAACCGACAGCCCACGCGGCCCGAAGCCGCGCCGGCACCUCCACCCGCAGGGCCCUCCGGCAGCAGCGUCAGCAGCCGCAGUACGAGCCCGCCGCGCGGCGGCGCUUCUCCGCCAGGCGUCGCGGCUGCCCCCGCGGCUGCAAAGGGCGCAGGGCCCGCGCCGCCUGCUGGAUCCCCGAAGCAGCACGCCAAGGUCGCGGGCGGGGCGGCGGGCCCGGCCUCCGGAAGCGUCUCGCCGUUCGGGCUCGGCACAGCGAAGACCGGGGCAAAUGCGAGUGCGCCUGCGCCCGCGCCGCCGCCAGCCUCGAGUCUCGUCGCGGGCGCCGCGGCCGGCGGCGCGUCGGGAGGUAAGAAGAAGGCCGGUCAGCCGCAGAACGCGGCGGCGAAGGGGAAGGCGGCGGGGGCGCCGCUGGUCAUUUCUGAGUACUGGUCAGGGCUCACUUUCGACGAGAUGGAGCGCGGCGAGGUCGCGUGGACGCACGCAGCUGCGGGGCUGCCGCUGCCCUCUUGCUCGCCUUUGAGGAGUGCUCCGGGGACGCUCCUCUCGAGCGGCGGAGGCGGCUCCGCGGCGGCUGGGCUCCGCGCAGGCGAGGACGACCGUGGAUGCUCCGCUGGGACGCUGGACACGGGAGGCGGGAAGGAGAAGGCGGCGGGGACCGGCGCGGGGGUGCGAGCCGGCCAGGCGUGCGGACCCAGCCGACACGGAGCGGCGGCCUGGCUGGGUUCCAACUCCGACCCCGUCGCCGCCGUCUGCUGGGGCGGCGCUGGCGUGGACUCGCACGUGCUACCGCAGCAGGCGAGCGACCGCGAAGGGCGAUCCGCCGGCGGCAGUAAAGGCAAGUCUGCGCAGCAGCCCCUCGCAGGCAGUGGCGCGGCGGGGGCUGCGGGUCGCGGAGACACUCUCGCAUCCGCCCCAGGGUCGCAGACGAAGAAGCAAAAGGGAAGUCGCGCGGAGGGGCUGGAGCCCGCCCUCGCGAGGAGCAAGAGCAAAGGCUCUGGGUGUCUCCCCGGGGGCGCAGGGGGGGCGUGUGGUGGCGGAACCCAUAGCCUCAUGCCUGGAGCUCGAGGGGCGUGGGAGGACGGCGAGCGCGGCGCAGGCGGCGGGAGGCGCGACCGCGACGAGGGCGACAGCACCCGCUUCGAUGUCUCAUGGUUUCUUUGUGACGAGAGUCCGCGGCUGCCGGCCUUCCCCGAGGGAAGGCGAAAGCGACGCGAAAGAACGUGGGAGAGUCUCUGGCUGCGGCCCUGUUCGCCCGUCCGCGAGCUUAGCCCGGCGUCGUCCCCGAGCAACGACGGGCUCGGAGACAGAAGAUACAUCCCCCCUCGGCCGGCGGCGCGGCGCGAAGAUGCGUCCUCGGCGAAGCGCCGCAGGGCGGGCGGCGAGGGUGGGUCGUGGGGGGACGUGGCGACGGAUCGGCUGACCGAGGAAGACUCGGACGCAGAAGAGGACAGUCUCUCAGACGACGACCUGGAGGGGUUCCUGUCUGACGCGGACGCGGCGUCCUUCGCGUACAACGCGCGCCGCUGCGCCGAUCGGAGCCUCACGCAGGUCCCGCGGUGCUGCUACUGUUUGCUGCCCCGGCGGCUGCCGCCGCGGCGCGGGAGGUCCUCGGACUUCGGAGGGGACGCCGCGGGCGCGAAGGGGCCCUUCCUCCUCCGGCUCUAUUGUUCAUGCACCACGCGGCCCUUCGGGGAGAAUGUGCUGCAGGGGGCAGCGGGCCGGCCGGGGCUGCUGCUCCCCUCCGCCCGCGCCGCGGCGUCGCCGCUGUGCUACACCGUGCGCAAAGUCGCGCUCGACGGGGCUGCGCUCGAGGCGGCUGAGGAGGAGGAGGAGGGCGACGACGCGGACGCGUCUGCAUGCGGGACGAGUGCGUCGUGCCUCGCGACGAGCCCCCCCAGCUCCAGUCGAUCGCUCGCCAAGGCUAAAGCGCUGGCGCCCGGCGCCGGAGACUCCCUCGCUCCGUCCCCUGCGACCACGCAGGCGGGCUUCGCCUCCUCCUCCUCUUCGGAGGGGGAGAGCGGAGGCGGCAGUUUGGCCUCUUCACGCUUCUCGGCGUCUCUCUGCUCGGCCACUGGAGCCGCAAGGGGGGACGGCGAGCGACCACAGGCCGCGGGCCGCGCCGCGGAAGUGACCUACCGGUGGCGGGACCCCUGCACGCUGCAGACUUUCUCGUCGUCGCUGAGCCGACUCCAGGGGAGUCUGACAGCGACGGCCGCUGUCGCCGCGGCCGCCGCGCGCGCCGAUCGGCCCGUCGCCUUCCUCCCGCGGCUGUACUGGGACGGGGAGGCCGCCUGCUACGUUGCUUCCUGUUUGCAGUGGGGCGAAGAGGAGGACGAGGCGGAGCGAGGCGCCGCCGCCCGCGCCGACGCGGCGGCGGAGGACGCGGGGCCGCUGGGCGAGCGGAGGGACGCCGAGACCGGCAAGCGGAGCAGACCCGAGAAGCCCGGCGCCGAGGAGAAGGAGGCGGCGCUCCCCGCGCCGCGCCGAAGACGCUGUCUGAAGCUGCUGCAGAAGAAAUUUAGUGUGGCCUUUCUGGGCGACGCGAAGGCGCACUUCUACGCCGCCGAGUGGUUGCGCUGGCAGCACAGGCGGCAGCGUGAUAUCAUGGAGGAAGAGCGAAAUCGCGAAGAAAGAGAUCGGCAGGCCCUCGCGCUGUCGCCCCUUCUCUCGGGGCUCGGGGGGCGCAAAGGCAGCGGGCAGGGCGGCGGGUCCGCAGGGGGCGGGGGCGGCGGCGCCAAGAAGACUUCCUGCCUCGCCACGGCGCAGAUGGCGCUCGCCUCCGGCCGCGCUCUCACGCCGGAGGAGGAAGAAGAAGUACGCAGACAGCUCGAGAACAAGGAGCGACAGAAGAAGCAAAAGCUGCUUCGGCAGCAGUGGCGGCGCCAGCAGGCGCGCGAAGCCAAGCUCCAGCUCCAGAGACAGAAGGAGGAAGCUGCCGCGAGCGCCGCCGCAGCCGCCGCAGCCGCCGCAGCCGGAGGGGGCGCGGCGAGCGCGCCGCAGUCUCCGCAGAAGCAUGGGGCCUUCCCCCAGCCGAGCCGCGCCGAGAAGAGCGGCCAGCCAGUCGCGGCCGCGUUCGGGUCCUCGCCUGCGAAACCCGCAGCUGGAGGAGAGGCGGUCGGAGGCUCAGGGGCUGGCGAGGGCGUGGGGACUCGCCGGAGCGCGGCGGCUGCGGCGGCCCCCCCCGCGGCGUGGGGCUCUGAGAAGGGCCCGAGCGCGGCGAAGAAAGGGGACGUCGUCGGAAGGGACAGCGCGGCGGCCGGAACGAGUGCAGCAGGGGGCGAUGCUCCACCUUGCAAGGCCGCGAUGCAGAGGCGAGCCGCCGCAGGCGGAGGCGUCCCUCGGAGCGGCGGCGUGCUGCCGGUUCUGCGUUCUGCCUCGCCUUCGUCUGCGCCCGCCCCGCAGCAGCUCUCGCCUUCUGUGGGGACCCCCGCGGCGACGGCGCGACCCGCCAGAACUGUCUCGGGCGCGCGGACGGCCGCCGCUCCGAAGAGGGGCGUCGCUGCCGGUAUGCAGCCGUUUGCGCCGGAGGGGCUUCCGCAGCCAGCAGCAGCGGAGGCAGAGGCGGACAAUUCUUUGGCGACGCGGGCGAUGCCCGUCGAAGCAGAGCUGUCUCCCUCCCCGCGUGAUGGAAACCGCGAGGCAAGGCAAGAGGGAGAGGAGGAGGCGGCGUGUCUGGGCUCCACGUCGCCGCAGGGGGUAGUCGAGCACCCGGCGGCGGCGGUCUCAGAAAUGAAAGCCGCUGCCUAUGAGGAGGGUGAGGCGGAAGCUGCGCGUUCGCCUGGCGGGGGAGGCAACUACGCUUUCGCUCCGUCGACGCCGCCCCCUGUGUCUGUCUCCGGGCUGCCGCCCAGCGAGGCCGUGCCAGAGAGCAAAGAGGGAGGGGGCGUCUUGGCGACGGUCUCGCCAGUCACCGGCGCCGAGAGCCAGGGGUCGCUGCUUCUCCCCCUCGACUCAGCCGCAGGCAGCGCUCGGCGCCUGCGAAGCGCGCGCCUCGCUGCAGCUGCCGCCAGCGGCGGAGUCGUGCCGCCGGGCGCCGCGCCUUGUGCCGCGACCGCGGCGGUCGCGGUCGCCGCGAGCCCGAAGCCCAGAGCCGCGGCGGCCCCCGCGGCUCCGACUGCGCGGCCCACUGGUGGGGCCAAGGCUGCAGGCGCGGAGACCGGAGGCGGGGCACGGGGAGCUGCGAGCGCUGCGGGGACGCCUGAGAGAGGCAAGCGGGCCAGCGCGCCAGAGAGAAAGCCUGGAAAGGGCGAGGACAGAGCCGCGGCGUGA